UAAUAAUCAGUUUCAGUCUUUCUCAGUCCCCUCCCUCCCGCAAUGAAACAGAGUACAUAAAAAGCUUCUCGCUCACCAUUUCCUCUGCAAAUCUGGUUCCCCUCUUCUGCCAAACCCUGUCUUCUUCUUCCUGAUUGCAUCCAUGUGGCAAAAUCGAACUAAAACCAAGAUCAGGGUUCUUGCUAAUUCUUGCUCCACUUUCUCCUUCAAAGAUAUACAAACCCUAUUCGCCGACGAUCCGACCCGCCUCAACAACCAGGCCCACUUCUCCAAACAUUAUAUCAUUCACCGGGCCCGCCUCGCCAACGCUCUCCUCCGUGCUCUAUCGCCUCAGCCGGAGCCCUUCCCCGUUCCUCAAUCUCUGCCGGUGAUCUCUCUCCCGGGAUCCGAGAAGCAAAUUGUCGUCUACUCCACCAGCCUCCGUGUGGUCCGCCGGACUUUCAGCGAUUGCAGAGAUGUUCUGUCGAUCCUGCGGAGCUACCGCGUUUCGAUCGACGAGCGGGAUUUGUGCGCCGACGCCAGAUUCGUGGAUGAGCUCCAGCGGAUUCUCGGCGUCCGUGAUAGGACGAAGUUAACCUUGCCGCAUGUCUUCAUCAGGGGGAGGUACAUUGGCGGCGCGGCGGAGAUCAGGCGCCUCCAUGAGGCCGGUGAGCUGAAGAAGUGCGUGGAAGGUCUUCCGCCGGCGAAUCCCGACGCGUGCGAGGUGUGCGGCGGGCACGGAUAUAUCCUCUGCGACGAGUGUAGCGGAAGCCACAAGGGCUUCUACGGCGAUAAGCUUGGCGGGUUCAGCACGUGUACGGCGUGCAGUCAAAGUGGUCUGACCAUCUGCCCGUCUUGUGCGCCCUUCUGAGCCGUCCGAUUGGAUUUACCAGGUGACGAAAAAAUUGGGAAAAUGUGUACACACUAUACUAUACGAGCAAACACAAUGGAUCUACGUAUUGGUUGGUGUGCUCAAGCUCAUAAUAACUUGACUUUUUUGGUUUUUUUUAAUGUACUCCCUCCCUCCUUUGUUGCACGUAUUAAUAAAGUAAAAAAUGUAUGAUAUUUGUAUAGAGUAGAGAGAAAUAAUUUUAACCACAUAUUUGUUACUUUAAUUAGAAGUGACAAAAUUUUUUGGGACGGCCAAAAAAGUAAUGUUGACCAAAUUUUAUGAAAUGGAGGUAGUAUAUUUUUUCAUUUUUCAUAUUUAGCCAAUUUCUAUAAUGUUUAGGUCUGGUAUAAUUUCUGCAGGGUAUCUCAGAUCCGCCUUUGCGAGCAAAUUUUGAAACAAGAGUAAAAACGUUUUAGAAUUACAAAGUAGAUUAUGGUGCAAUAUUCUAAAAGGCGUAAGACGUGUUGAAGCGGCAUGAUCAAGCAUUGAACCUUUGAAGCCUAAGAGAGUUUAGGAGUGCGUGAGGGCAGUAGGGCCAUAGCAGUCUGGACUCAUGAUUUGGGUGGUCGUAUAGUCAGUGAAAACAUGAGACACGUGAUGAUGUUGCAUUCGUAUAAUACCGUUAUAGGACGUAAUAAAUUCAAAUACCACUAUGAUUAUUUGUCUAUGAAUAAGGUACAAUACUGCAACAUUAUACGGAGUAGUCUCUAUAUAUCCUAUUGAGACAAUAACUUUAAAAUAUCUUAUUAUUGGUACACAAACGAAAAUAAUGAUAAUAUCUUAAAUAUACUCUGAGAAAAUUUAUAUUAUCC